AACUGUUUAGGGCGCCCUCUACACAUAGAAGACGGAUUGUACAGUGUUGACGGCAGGUCAUUUAAAUCUUAUCCGACACGCAGGGAUUAGAAAAUUCAGACUGAGCUAGGGAGGAUAAAAAACAAUAAGUUUAUUGUUCUACCUGAAAUACAGGUAGUCUACUUUACAGGAAGUCAUGCACCGGAAGGAGUACGCCACAAGCGGAGGGACUAACCUCAAGGAGCGUGGUCCCACUAAUGCCGUGCCUAUUCACAAUUACGCUAGUGGUGACGGGAAGUCCCAUGCCUAUAUGGGCAUGGCCCACUACGUACCGUCAGAGAGGGCGUGGAUAGCCAAGGAUCAGUUCCGGUCGUUGCCACGUGAUACCAAGAGAGACGCUAUCGAUAUCCAAUCAGAGGACCAAUGGGUGGACUUUAUGAGAAACCGAGACACGUCUUCCGGUUACUACAACAAAAAUAUCGGCCUACUACAGACUGGUAAAGCAGAUCUGAAACUGUUCGGAUAUACUCGGGACCUUCCCGCAAUGCCAUCAAAAGACAUUUUCCAGAAUCCCUGGCCGAAAAGUGAUGCUUUUGUUCCGGUGGAGCGAAAAGGGCGUGGUGAUUACUAUGGUUACUAUCACGAAGCGAUUGAAAGUGAACGAGAGCGAAGGAAAAAGGAGUAUCCAACAAGCUGGAUUAUAGAACCCAGAGAUAUUCCGAAGAUUUAAAUUCCGACUGAAUGAAUAAGAUGCUUUAUAUUAUAAGUCUUAGUCGUCAUAAUUGAGGGAAAGUGUUAGAAUUUUAUCUUUACAUUGUAACUAAAUUACCUUCGUUUGCGUGGUAUAGUAGUCAUAUCCACCGUAAACCAUUGAUGUCCAUUACUGAGCAUGGCUAUAGUUAGGGAAGUCUCGCACCCUUUUGGGAAUCACAGUUGUAUUAUUAUUGGGUGUUAACAUCAGGGGCUGGUAAAAAGUGGUAUCCAGACUUAAUAUCUAUAGAACUAUAUGGACAAAAAAACCUGUGAUAACUGGAAUGUCAAUGUUUUGUUAUUAAUGUCUAUAAACUAUUAUGACUGUAUUAUUCUGCCACUGAAGAUUCUAAAAUGUAAAUGGCAUUCCUCACUAGGAAUGGAAUCUUCAGUAUACUGGGGUAUAUAUUAUGUGUGUAUACGUGCUAUAUAUUAUAAUUUGCUUAUUUGUAUUAUAUUUUACAUAUAUACAUAUCAUAAUUAUUUUGUUUAUAUCGUGCAAAAAAUGUACUUUACUGCAAAAAUGUUGAAAUAUUUCUUGUUUUUUUUUCUACCGUACAAUAUUAGCUUUUUCUCUUGUUUCAUUUGUUUUAUCUUCUCUUUAUCUACAUGUGUGAUAUGUAUAACACGCUGACAACAGUAUUAAAAGGAUUUGUGGUGAUUAUGA